UAUAACUCUAUCUGGAGGAAACGUACAAGCCCUUUUGCUUUUGCGAAAUUUCAUAGCCGGCUGCCUUUUUAUAAGUUGCUUCAACUUUCGGCACCUUCCUUCAAGAUGAUGCGGGUGGUUGUUUUGGCGCUUGUGGCAAGUGUUGCACAUUGUUUGCCAAAUUUGGUGGAUGAUUUAGCGGCACACGGGAACACUUCCCAGCUGGCGGAUCUGAUAACUAAAGCUGGUCUUGAAGCCACUCUCAAAGGACCAGGUCCCUUCACCAUCCUCGCUCCACUUAAUUCAGCGUUUGACGCUAUCCCUAAAGAUGAUCUCAACGCGCUUCUCGCUGACACCAAUGACCUGGCAAACACUCUCAAGUAUCACGUCCUGCAAGGAGAGAUCUUCAGCUGGGACAUCCAGUCAGGCCGGAUCGUCCACAGUCUCACUGGCCACGCCAUCAGGAUGUACAAACAGGGCAAUGAUAUUUAUUUCAACAAUGCUAAAGCUGUGGCUGUCGACCUUGAAACUGAUAAUGGUGUCAUCUACCUUCUGGACACUGUUCUGGAUGUGCCCGAGGGUACUAUCUACGGUAUUCUGGAAAAUCCAGAUUACAAACUGUCCAAGUUUAGGUCGGCCGUCGACAAAGUCCGUUAUGACAGACUGCUCAACACAACCUAUUCCUAUGGCAACUACCGUUACACACUGUUCGCACCCAGUGAUGAUGCCUUUGCUAAGCUGGAUCAGUCACAGCUUGAUCGCUUCUUCCAGAACCCUACUUACCUGUCAGACUUGGUCCGUUACCACCUGCACCGUGGAACAAUCCACCUGAAAAGUUUGGACCGCAACGGUAGAGUUACAUCCCUGUACACCGGCCACGACAUCGGUGUCGAUAUCAGCAACAACGACAUCCGUCUGAACCACGUGGCUCACCUGACCGAGAGUGAUAUCGAGGCUGACAAUGGCGUCGUCCAUAUCCUGGACCACGUGCUGAUUCCAAGUACCCUCACCGGGCAGAUCGUUGGCUAGAAACAUAGUUCCAUAUACAAUAAAAUAGUGAAGUCAU